AUGGCACAAUCAACAGAGCCUCUGCUCGUCAGUAUUGACGUCGGCAUGACUUGUACCGGCGUGGCAUAUAUCAAGAAUUCUGCCACGAUCGAAAUGACCGAGCCUCGUACAAUCCAGAAAUGGCCCGGGAAUGGUGCCGGAAAGGCCGACAAGGUGCCAACGUCAUUGUGCUAUGAGCGAGGAAAUGAUGUGUCUUGGGGAUUUCUGACACAUCGAGAAGAUGUUGAUGACUUGGAGGUCCAUGACUGGUUCAAGAUAUUCCUGGAUGAGACUGAGUACCACGAAGCGGCCAAGCUCGCUCCGGAAGCCGUCCCACCAACGCACGCCCAUGUCAAGGAGUACUAUCGAGAUUACCUGCGCAAAUUAUACCUCCAUAUCAGGAAGGUGUUGAGCGCCGAGCUACCUGCAGUAGGGUUCGAAGAGGAAACCAUCGAAUUCAUCUUUUCGGUACCCACGACCUGGAGUCCAGGUGUGGCAGAGGAUCUUCGGCAGCUCGCACGUGAAGCGGGCUUUGACAGCGGCGGGUCAAACCAUUCAAUCAAGAUUGGUUUGACCGAAGCCGAAGCUGCUGCAGUGUGCUCGUUCAGCACUCAGUCCGGGUGGUUUGGGAAUGGAGAUGUUAUGCUCAUUGUUGAUGCUGGUGGCGGCACCACCGAUCUUUCACUCCUCAAAUCGGAGAUGCUCGAAGGGGCCAGGCCAACGCUCAAGCAACUCGAUGAGGUUCGAGGUGACGAGAUCGGUAGCGUUGAAAUCGACAUCGCAUUUUCGCUACUGGCUGAGGCACGUCUCCAGCGAGCUGCGCCUUUCAUCGACCUGGAUCCGGAGACAAUACCCAAAGUGGUCAACAAAAUGGCUCGAACAACAUUCAAGGUGAUCAAGGAAGAAUUCGGCAAUGAGGACCACCAGCAUCUUCCAGUGCGGAACAUCCCAAUCCCCGGUAUUUCCGUUAGAGCUUGUUCGGACGUUGGUGACGUGCAAAAAGGGAAAUUGGUUUUGAAGAUGUCCGACAUGCAAGCGAUGUUUGACAUCCAGCUCGAAAAGAUGUAUAGGCUGGUGGAUGCCCAGCUCAACAGGAUGCAAGCCGUUGCACCUCACGAUCAAGUGAAAUAUCUCGUGCUGUCGGGAGGUCUAGGAAGCUCUGAAUAUGUCAAGAAGAAGUUGGAGGAUCGGUAUAUCCGCGAGAAAGUCAAUCUUUUUGCUCCGCAUCUGAGGAUCAUAACGUCAAAUCACCCGAAUCUCGCCGUUGUCAAGGGUCUUCUGAUAGACCGAAUGCAGAAACUCAAGUUCGACAAGUCUGUGCUGCGAGUGCGAAAAUGCCGACAAUCCCUGGGGAUCAUUUGUGACCAGCCUUACGACAAGACUCGAGUUGCACACCAAAGGGCCAAAUUGAGGUCGGACGUCCUGGACGGAAAGACAUACGCGACUGAACAGAUAAGUUGGUUUGUCCGACAGGGCGAAUUGUUGGAGAGUGACAUCGUGGAGCACAGCUUCUUCCGCAAUCUUUCGAAGUCUGAGCCACGUAGGCCUUUCCAAAGCCAUAUAGCAAUCUGCUAUGCACCAGGCAAGUUACCUGAGAGUAUGCAAGAAGAUGGUGCCGAGCUCUGUUCUGUGAUGACAUCUGACUUGUCGAAAGUCGACCUCAGGCGCUUCAAAAAGUUCAAGAAGCAUUGGUGGGAACUCAAGAAGCCGCCGUCAUAUUACGAAGCCAGGUACAAGAUCAGGUUCUGCAUGAACGCCGCAAACAUUGAGUGCGAGCUUUGGUUCGAAGAUCGCAAGUACAACGAGCGUAAUUCGUUGCAGGUGCAGUUCGAAAGUGGGAUGUGGACACAGCGACCCAAACAGCACCGGUCCGGAAGUCGCGAUCGUGGGAUACCAAGCAGUCGGUAG